AGCUCUGAACUAGUGCAGCUGGUUCAGCUAUAAAGAACAGAUCCAUGGUUUUGAUGGCCGCAAGCCUCAACACAAAUGUGAGAUUCAUUGAAACGAUAGUGAUUUUUAAAUAUUUUACUUAUCAACUGUAUUUCAGUCAACUCUAGGUAGAAGACAAUAUGGAAGAGAAAAGAGAAAUCCCAUCGACUUUAAGGACGAUUCUAGCAGUUGAUGCUUAUUUAACUAACGCUUUUGUAAAUUGGGCGCAACAAUUUUUAGCUUUGAGACAACUAAAAACACAUCGCACAUUCUUAAAGAUAUCAUGUCAUAGUAUAUUAUGGCUAGCAACUAAUCUUGUAUUGAUUUGGGCUUUUAACAAAUCUGACUUAUAUCAGAUGCAAGUCAAUCUUUUCAUAGGUUUGUUGUUAGACAUUAUUUUAGUUGCUGUAUUGAAAGCGGUAGCAAGAAGGAGACGGCCUACAACUAAUGACAAUCUCUCUUUGAAGAAAGAUUCUUUUCCAUCCGGAAAUGCAGCACGUGUGGCAUUUAUCACAUAUUUUCUUCUCAAUCUAUGGCCUAUACCGUUAAUAUGUGUGCCACCAUUAUUAGCGUGGUCCUUUUCCGUAUGCAUGUCCAAACUUCUGAUGAGAGAGCAUCACAUAGUCGAUGUUUUGGCAGGGAUAGCUCUUGGUAUCUUCGAAGGUAUGCUAAUAGGAUACAUAUAUUUGGAACGAGAAACUUGCACCAGUUUAGUUUGGUGGAUUACUGAUGAAAAAAUUUCGGGAGCUGAGUAUGAUGUCUAAUAAAGUUAUUUUUCUCUGCUAGGAAAUAUUCCUAUAUUAGAGAAUAUUUCACAUUAUUUUUUUUUAUAUUGUUGAAUUUGUGCGAUUGUAUGUGUGAUAUUUAAGAUAUUAGAUAUUUUAUCAAAAUAAUUUUGAGACACGUAUAUGUAU